CGAAAGUGAAACCAACACGCAGACACGUCUCCGCUCCGGUUGCUCAGGACACGAACAAGACGAGCUCUGCAUUAUGGAGUUCAUCAAGGACGUCACUAUCAUCAUUACUGAAGGCAAUCAUGAAGACCCCAAGAGAUUAAAGGAGAUUCUUAACUCUUACAAAAAUGAGAAAAAAGAUGGCCGCUACAAAGUGAGUGGAAGUUUUGAGCAGCUGGAGAACCUUGUAGCCACUCUGUCACCAGCACGGCAUCAAUCCAGUUUUGCCACACAUGGACGGACCUUUCGGCAAGAUAACCAUGUUUCAGCCCAUGCCAAACAUCUGGAUGUGUCUGGGGUUGUUAUGGACUAUAUUAGCCAAAAAUGUGCAGACAAACUUAAAAAAAUCCAAGGUGACAGAUUUCUCAUUGAAACACAGCCUGACCUCAGAGCAGUCCACAGUCGACCAAGUAGUUCAGUGCAGGUGACUUUCAGACCACGGCAUGGCUCAUUCUGCCCUCCUGACGGGCCUCAUUAUGACUUUGUCAAACAGCGAUUCAUCACAUUGUACCAGAGAACUGCCGCUGACCUACAGGUCACAUCUAUCCGUUUGAGCUCACAUGACUAUACGGAGCUUCAGAGAAAAUUUCCACACCUUCUUUUCAAGCCCAGCCCCAGAAAAUAUGAAGUGACCGCCAUGGGACCUUUUGCACACAUAGCUAAAUUGAAAGAGUUUCUCUCACAAAAUACACAGAGUUCAAGCAAGAGCCCAGUCAACAAAGGUUCUGAAGACACCCCAAGCAGCAGAACCUUGGGUCUUUCACCUACAUGCAGCGCAGAUCCUGAGGAGGAAACAUGUCCAAUUUGUAUGGAAUCAAUACUAGCAAAAGAAAAAAAGACAUUGCGGUGCAAGCACUCAUUCUGCAAAGACUGCCUGAAAAGAGCUUUCGACUACAAGCCUGUAUGUCCAACCUGUGGAGAGAUAUACGGUGUUUUGAAAGGGACACAACCUGAUGGAGGCACAAUGAAUGUCACCCAAAACUCUUCAUCUUUGCUGGGAUAUGAGAAAUAUGGAACAAUAAUCAUCGAUUACUACAUUCCAAGUGGCAUUCAACAAGAGGAGCAUCCAAACCCUGGUCAGCCGUAUGAAGGUGUGUCUCGGAGGGCUUACCUCCCAGACUCCUCAAAAGGCAGGAUGAUCCUGGACCUGCUGAGGCGAGCCUUUGAUCAGAGACUUAUCUUCACUAUUGGUCGGUCCACCACCAGUGGCAGGAACAACAUGGUCACGUGGAAUGACAUUCACCACAAAACCUCAACACAUGGAGGACCAACUCACUAUGGAUAUCCUGAUCCCGAUUAUCUCAGCCGAGUUCGAGAUGAACUGAAAGUCAAAGGAAUUGAAUGAGUCAUUUUAAGGUUUGUCAGCACAUGAAUGCAAAGAUGUUUAUAGAUGUAAUAAAUCAUGUGAUUAUCUAGAAAAAAAAGUUAUGUACAAACAUCUCAGAUUUAAAAAUGCAUGUGUAAAUUUGGUAUUCUAUUAAUAAUGAAACCAACACAUAUUAAUCAGCUUAAGUUUUUUAUUCUGUUUCAUUUGAUUUUUUUUUUUUGUUGUUGUUGUUGUUGUUGUUGUCUUAAUUACAUUUGGAAAAGCAGAAUUCUAAAUUUAUUAUGUUCAAAAUGUUCUACACUAUACACUGAGAUAUUUUUGUAAAUAAAUGUGUUGCGGCCUAUCUUUAGAUCCCAACCCGGGUGGAUUAAUAGUGAUGAAUGAGUUAUACAGGCAGAAAUAAGGGCCUCAAAUAAGCCUAAAGGGAUGAUUGGAUGUUCAAGCACAUGAAAAGUUAUAUUAAUUUAAGCUAGAUUGUUUGAAAUGCAAAUAUUCUAUUUCUUAGAGAAUAGAGAAUGGUGAAGCGUCAUUGCAGUGUGCUCCAGCAGCACUACACCUGAAUAUAUACAAUAUAGCUACUGUCAAGAAAUGCAUGAAGGGUCUACUUAGCUACUACCCUAGAAAAACAAAUGGUUGUGAAUGCAAUUUUGCUACGUUAUUUCUGACAGGUAGGCUUUUGCACCUCCUUAUUCAUUAGCUGAUAGCAUGAUCGGUACAAGGACUAUUGACUAUAAUAGGGCAACUUAAAAUGCAGCUUUAUUCAAAUGACACAGUGCCACAGAUGACAAAAGAAAGAUGGGAAAGGUAUGUUGACUUGCUGGAUGAUGGUAUGUCAAUAAAGGCUAUAGCCAGGCACUUGAAUGUUCACAUUGCCACUUUGCCAACCCUUUCAGGAAGAGCGAUAAAACAAUCUACAAGCCAGCACAGACAGUCUCAUUACCUCUGUGCACCACAGAUGUAUCACACUACGGUUUUACUGCAGUUUCAAUAGUGAACACACUCAUUACUGACUACUGAGUUCUGUCUAUUUGGCCAUGGUCAUUUCCAUUAUAACACGCAUUCGGCUGCUUCAUUGACGUCCAUUCUGUUGUAGAGGUGCCUUGUCUUGCAACAACAAUUUGUUGUUAAACAGACACAUUAGUGGACAUGCCUGUUUUAACAUCAGCGCCACACUUGACUUUUUUAAUAUUAAAAACAGCCAUGUGGGUGAAGAGGUACAGCACUGAAAUCGUGUUUAAGAAACAGACCAUUGUAAUGAUCUGUCAUCUGUCUUUGGAGAAUCACCAGCAGGGGGCACAUUCUCCCAAACAGCAAGGCUUGUCGAAACCUCAACAGACUUUUUGCUCAGAGAUUAGACAUUCAUCAGGCACCCAGUAAUUAGGUACACAGGUGAUACUACCCAUGUGGAUGGAAGUUAUCCUGUUCCAAAGACUUUCAGGAUAAGAAUGAGGGCUUGUAAUCUGAUAGAGUGACUGAUUGAGCCAUUGUGGUAGCAGAUAUACAGUGCUGUCUUAUACCACCCUGAAAGUUCUUAUUAAAAGCAUUUAUUCAAGAACUAAGUGUCUGUCCAGUUAGUUAACAUGCUCUAUAAUGUUUAACCCCAAUAACCUCUUGUAUGUUUCAGGGUGAUUCAAUUAUCUUAACCUUUCUCUUUUAAUCAUCUUGUUUUUUUCAUUGUUUUCCAAAGUCUUGGUAAUUCAGAUCUUUCAUUAUUGGAUGUGAAAUACGUGUUGACUGUUUUUAGUAUAAGUAAAACAUAAAGAUACCUUUUGUAUUGUAAAACUGUUAUGUUUUACAUGUAUGUCACUAAAAUGCUGGCAGUGAAAUGUGUAGGUGAGAUUGUCAAGAAAUGUGGCAAUAUGAGAACCAUGAUGUUGGGAUACUGUAUGACUAAGAAAGAAAUUAAUGUCUUUGUUUUAUCCACUGAAGUGUUCAUAUACCGGGCAGGCAAGUGUAAAAAGUUUGAAUACAUCCAGACAGAUAGGUAGGUGCUUUAUUCAUCCCCUUGGGGAAAUUCAACUUGGGAGGCAUCUUGAUUACUUUUAUUAUUGGUCACUAAAAUGAGAGAAUUGAAACCCAUCGUAACUUCCUCGAUUGUCUUUGUUUUCUGCACGCCUAGCUCAGGUUUUUGCAUACUAUGUAAAAGGUUGAUCACCUGUUGUAUGUGUGAUUUGGUUAAAGUUGAAAUCCAAUAAAUAUCUAGAAUAUGCAUACAUAAA